AUGACUUGGUCCAUCGAGCUCUCUCAAUAUGACAUACGGUACGAGCCCCGACAAGCCAUCAAGGCACAGGCCAUGGCAGAUUUUUUGGUUGAAGUAACAAGAGACCCAGGCGAAGACAUGGGUACACGGUGGAAGCUCCAUGUGGACGGAGCCUCCAACCAGACCUUCGGAGGAGCCGGGAUCAUCCUAGAAAGUCCAAGCGGGGUCGUAUACGAGCAGUCGGUCAGAUUCGAGUUUCCCAUCUCGAACAACCAAGCAGAAUACGAAGCCCUCAUAGGAGGCUUGACCCUAGCAACAGAGGUCGGUGCAAAAAGGCUGGAAGUAUGCAGCGAUUCCCAAGUCAUCACUUCCCAGGUAAACGGCAGCUAUCAAGCCAAGGACCCCUUGUUGCAGAAGUACUUGGAAAAGGUCAAAAGCUUGAGCCAAAAGUUUGACGAGGUCACGGUCCAGCAUGUACCCAGAGAAAGGAACGCACGAGCAGACCUCCUAUCAAAAUUAGCCAGCACUAAGCCAGGGGAGGGAAACCGGUCUCUCAUCCAAGGCAUGACAAGGGAACCUGCAAUUGCACUACACAUAACAACCCUAAGUUCUUCAUGGCUAGACCCCAUCACCAACUACUUAGAACACGGCCAAGUCCCUGGUGACGAAAAGGAUGCGGUGAAAUUAAGGAGGGAAGCGGCCAAAUACGCCGUCAUCCAAGGACAGCUAUUCAGAAAAGGGCUCAGCCAGCCCCUACUGAAGUGCCUACACCCCGACCAAACGGACUACGUCCUUAGGGAAGUCCACGAGGGCUGCUGUGGGCACCACAUCGGAGGAAAAGCCCUAGCAAGGAAGUUGAUCCGAGCUGGGUACUACUGGCCGUCGAUGAUGGCGGAUUCCAAAGAGUUUGUCAAAAAGUGCAUAAAGUGCCAACAGAAUGCCAACUUUGCCAAGGCACCGGCAAACGAGUUGAGCUUGCUGACGACUUCCCGGCCAUUCGCUCAGUGGGGAAUCGACCUCUUGGGGCCUUUCCCUGUCGGCCCUAGGCAGGUGAUAACACGGUUCGGGAUACCAGAGGUCGUCAUCUCGGACAACGGCACACAAUUUGCUGACAAAAAGUUCACAGAAUUUCUCAACGGCCUAGGUAUAAGGCAAAGGUUCUCUUCGGUAGAACACCCUCGGACGAACGGACAAGUGGAGUCCGCCAACAAGGUUAUCCUUUCAGGGCUAAAGAAGAGGUUGGACAACAAAAAGGGCGCUUGGGCCGACGAGCUGGCAUCGGUCCUCUGGUCUUACCGAACAACCGAGCAAUCCUCCACCAAGGAAACCCCAUUCCGACUGACGUACGGGGUGGAUGCAGUAAUACCCGUGGAAAUCGGCGAACCAAGCCCGCGAUUGCUCUUGAAAGGAGUAGAGGAAACUGUAGAAAAGGACCUGAUAGAAGAAGCCCGAGAAAUGGCCCACUUGACAGAAAUGGCGCUAAAACAAAGAGUGGCGCUCCGUUACAACACCAAAGUGCUCAAGAGGGAAUUCGGACCAAACGACCUUGUCCUGAGGCGAAAUGAUAUCGGCCUGCCGACCCCAGGAGAAGGCAAGCUAGCGGCCAACUGGGAGGGCCCAUAUAGAAUCAAGAAAGUGAUGGGAAAAGGGGCCUUUAAGUUAGAAAGGCUCGAUGGCAAGGAGGUCCCGAGAACAUGGAACGCGGACAACCUUAGAAGAUUCUACUCGUAG